AUGUCGGAAGUGCUUCCUUUCAACGAAGAGAAAAUGAGUCAUUAUGGAGAUGAGGGCGACGAGGGACACCUUUCCUUCACUUGUCGCCUUCAAGACACCAACAACUUCUUCAAUGGCUCGCAGAAUAAACGUCCGCCGAAGCUGGGACAAAUAGGCCGGAGCAAACGGGUUGUGAUCGAAGACGAGGCCGGCGACGACGCGCUAAAAAAUGGAACAGAGAAGACCCCGGCGGACGCUUAG